CACGGAGAAGAGCGCCAGUGACCUUUGCAUAGGGCUGGGCCCCCCGACGGGUGGCGCCGGGGCCUGGGGCCGGGAGCUUUAGGCUCCGAAACUGACAGCCCAGGGAGAAGCCAAUUCCUUACUAUACCCGGCAGACCCACCAGAGCCAGGGCGGAGCGUCAAGGGAGACCCGGCAGGAGCCUGGGGGCGAGAACGAGGCAGCUGUCUAGGGAGUAGGACAGGCGUGUACUUGGAGAAAGGGCAGCGGAUCGGCCCGCCUGCUCCGACCCGCACCUAGCCAGGUGGCAUCUACCUUCUGUGCGGUCGCCACCGAAGCCUUCCGCGGCCAUGGAGCUACCCGAACUGUCCGGAAAGGUCGCCGCCUUCUCCCUUACCGCCUUCCCUGUCUGCUACGCUUUGAACCACCUCUCUGAGCUUUCCCAUCCAUUGGGUGUGGCUAUCCUGAGUGCAAUGAUCCUGGUGCUAUUGUUUGUGGCCAUCUCCAGUCUGGCCCAGAGAGAGAUCUCCCGUGACCCUCUUUUUGCUGUGUUUACCAUCUUUUCCUUCACCUCCCUUGUCGAUUUGUUCAUUGCCCUUGAGGAGGAUGGCUAUGUGACAGGCCUCAUGGAAUUCUAUACCCGGGAGAGGGAGCCAUUUCUGCGCACAGCCCAUGGGAUUUUUAGCUGCUACUGGGAUGGCAUUGUUCAUUAUCUGCUCUACCUCACCAUGACAGGGGCCAUUGCAAACAGGCAGAGAUAUAGAAGCCUCGGGCUAUACUGGCUUGGAUCACUGGUCAUGAGCAUCAUGGUUUUUGUCCCAGGAAACAUUCUUGGCAAGUACAGCUCUGAGCUCCGACUGUCCUUCUUACUUAACAUUCCCUACGUGUUAAUCCCUUGCUGGGCUGGCCUGCACCUCUUCAGCCAGGCCAGGGGCCCAGCAGGCUACACUGCCAGCAUGAUCGCUGAAGAGCAUAAAAAAGGGUUGCUCCAGAGGCCCUGGGACCUGGCUCUGAUUAUCUAUCUGCUCCUGGCAGGAUUGUUCACCAUUUUCCGUGGUCUGGUGGUCCUAGACUGUCCCACAGAUUCCUGCUUCAUCUAUGUGUAUCAGUAUGAGCCAUACCUGCGGGACCCUGUGGCCUAUCCCAAGAUCCAGAUGUUGGUGUUCCUGUUCUAUGCCCUGCCUUUUUUCAUCCUGGCUGCUUAUGGCCUCUUGUGGCCUGGCUGUUCCUGGCUCCCAGACUGGGCCCUGGUGUUUGCAGGGGCCAUGGGCCAGGCCCAGUUCUCUUACAUUGGUGCCUCGAUGCAUCCUCACACAGCCUACACCUACCGAACCCCUGAAGAUGUCUGGUCCUUCCUCUUUGUCCUCAACCUUCUCUAUGCCGUGGGGCCCCAUCUCCUGGUUUACCGCUGCCUCCGAUGGCCAGCUUUUUUCCUUUGUCCCCCCACCCUCAGUGAGCAGGAAAAGAACAAGAAAGACCGUUGAGAGGGUACCACCUGACCAAGGGCCACUGGGACUGCCACCCACUUCAUUUCCCUAGCUCUGGUCAUUGAAUCAUUGAAUCUCAGAGUUUGAAAUGACCUCAGAAGUUAACUAUACCAACCUUACCUGAUGAAGAAUCCCCUCUACAAGACUCUGAACAAGUGGUCGUGCCAUCUUUGCUCAAAACCCUCCAGUGAGGGGAAACUGACUACCUUACCUCAAAGCAGCUGAUUCCAUUUUGGACAGCUCUAAGUGUUAGGAAGAUUUUCUUUACGUUGAGAUUUUCCUUUGAAGUGCUGGAAUAUUGAGCCCUAAAUUUGCGUCUUUAUAAAUUCUACCCAUUACUCCUGGUUCCACCCUCUGGGGCCAAGCAGAACACGUCUACCCAGCUCCCCUUCCCCACGACAGUUGUUUAAAUAUUUAGCGAUCAUGUUACUGCUAAGUUUUUUUUCUCUCUAGUUCCGUCCAUUGAUCUUUAUGUGGCACAGCCUUCAGUUCUGAUCACCCUCCCCUGGUCUUGUCAUCCCAGAACUGGACUGAAGCCUUCAUUGGUGGUCCUCCCAGACCAUCAGUGUCAGAGAACAUUGAGCCAAUCACCUGUUUCCCUUCUCCAUCUUCUCUCUGGCCUGACCUCUGAGAUGCAUGGAGUGACUUGGAGGAAGUGCCCUUUAUCCUCUGGAGAUCCUGGGGAUUGAGAGACACCCUCUCCCCCAAGCCUAACUCUCCCCUCUCAAGCCCUCCUGCCUAAGGUUGGGGGUCUGGAUUCCCAAAGCAACCACAGAGACUCUGAAAACAGAUUCCUGAGGCCCUGUGAUAACAAGCCACAGUUUACAAAGCUAACUAUUAUGUUGUUGGCUGGGCUUUCUAGACCCCCUCCUGUGUGAGAAAAUACUUUCGGGGGUGGAGGUGGGAGGAAAACCCUACAGAUGGAGUUGAACUAAGGUUUGAGUGAGUGUCAGGGAAGGGAGGGUAUGACAGAAGAAUGAUCUUUCCAGGGCCUUUACAGCAAAGUGGCAUCCAUGAUGGCAGCAGGUGAGGGACCCGAUGGUGACUUGGAUAAAAAAGACAGAAUCACGGAAUCUUGAAACUGAAAUGGACCUUCAAUAUUGUCUAUGGCCAAACCUCUAAUUUAACAAAUAGGGAAAUGGAGGCCUGGAGGAGGGUAAGACUUGCCCAAGGUGUCGCAGUGAGAAACUGGCAGAUUUUCAAACCAAGAUCUUCUGACUCUGGGCCCAGUGCUUGGGGCCCACAAAUCUUUCUGGAAGAGGAAGCAGAUGUCUGGGCUAGGAGGAAGGAAGACAAUGAUGAAGAGAAGGAGACACAAGGAACGACUGAGAGUGGGUGAACUCAGCAUGGACCCAGACCCAUCUGCAGGCUGGCAGGGCCUCCGCCAGGCCGAAAAUGGAUUGGAUGCAGGGUGGGGUGGAUGGAGGUUUCCAGACCAGAACAACCCGAGGAACGGUCUCCAAAAUGGGAUUCCUCUUCUCUGGACCGGGGUUUCCUCUAUCUGGAAAGACUUCAUGCCUUUGUCAUUCUUGUUUUCUGUAGUAAAUUGGCUUAUGUUGAACAAAGACAUUGGACCUGA